CCUGAAGAACCUAUCGGAGUUCCUCGGCAUGGGUGGAUGGUAUGCAGCUCGUGGUAUGGCCAUCCCAGACUCGCUCCCUCAGCGCCCACCUGCCUUCAACAGCUUCGGCAAAGAGACCACGCUCACGCUGAACACCUUCAACGUCGUGAACCCACCGAACAUCGUCGUGUACCAGUACGAUGUCGCGUACUCUGGUGACUCCAAGGAGUACACCAAGCGUGGGCUUCUUCAGAAGAUCUGGGGCUCGAAGGCUGUCAAGUCUCAGCUGAAUGAGCCGGCUGCGCAUUGGAUCUACGACGGCAACAAGCUUGCUUGGUCUGGUACACGCCUCCCUCGCGAUGACAAUCGCAUCCCUGUCGACCUCGACGCUGAGGAGGGUAAGAAGCCUGGCGCUCGUGGCAACAAGCAUGUCGUGCACCUCCGCUUGACCCGACAAGUCGACUUCAGCGGCCUUGGAGCUUUCUUGAGCGGUCAAGCCUCCUGGUCCCCCGAGUGCAUCGACACCAUCAACUUUCUCGACCACCUCAUGCGUGAGGGACCAUCUCGUCAGUACACGCAGAUCAAGAAGUCCUUCUUCCAGCGCGGUGAGCAGCGUUUCGAUCUUGGAGGUGGUGUCGAGGCUUUCAAGGGCGUCUUCGCUUCCCUUCGACCUGUCCUAGACGACAAGUUCAAGAAGUCGUUGUCAGUCAACGUUGACGUCGCCAACGGUACUUUUUGGCGCUCGCAAGAGCUCACUCGCGCCAUUAGCCAGAUGUUCGGCAUGGCCAUUCCUCAAUUCAUUACUCGCUUCAGGGAGGCCGUCCAGCGGGACUGGUACAACUCCAUUAUGCGCAAGCAACUCGGCGCCUUCAAGAAGAUCGGUGUCAGCGCCAUUCACACCAAGCCGCACACGCAGUGGACCAUCGAGGAUAUUCACAGCAAGGACGCCUACCAAACCACCUUCCCUGAUCCUGAUGAUCGCCGCGAUAUUCCCGACAACCAGCGGAAGCAGAUUACCGUCGCUGCCUACUUCAAGACGAAGUACAGCAUCAACGUCAUGGCCGGCCUUCCUGUUGUGAAGAUGACCAAGAAGAUCCGUAAGUCGCAUGUAUUCAUGCCGAUGGAGAUCCUCCACAUCGAUGACAACCAGCGAUACAACACGAAGCUGAGCGAGUCGCAAACCUCGAACAUGAUCAAGUUUGCUGUUACCCUUCCCAAGGACCGCUGGGCCGCCGUUCAACAAGGUGUUCGCCUUCUCAACUGGACCAACGAUCCGUAUCUGAAGCACUAUGGACUGCAGAUCAACCCCAACGCUUCCAAGGUCAAGGCCCGCAUCUUGCCCUCUCCAACCGUCAUGUUCGGUACUGGCUCCAAGGAACCUACCAUCAAGCCGCAGGACUUGGUGGCUGGUCGCUGGCGUCUUGAUGGUCGCAAGUUCGCCAUGAACAACCAGGCUCGUCCCAUCAAGGGUUGGGGCGUCUGCGUCAUCGCAGAUCGCCGUGCUCCUCCUCUGCCAGCGGUCCAGUCUUUCGUCGCCAAGUUCAUACAGAUCUACGAGAGCCAUGGUGGAGUCUUCCUCUCUCACCCCACACACCAGAAGACUCCUUGGAUCGGUCAAGGCAGCCCUGCUGAUGGAGGUGAACUGGUCCAGAAAGUCUGGAACCAGACUGGCAACCGUUACCAGGCCAUGCCCGUGCUCCUCCUGUUCGUCGUCAACGAUCGCAACGUCGACAUGUACCGCCGCAUCAAGAAGUCUUGCGAUAUCCGCUUUGGCGUUCCUUCGCAGGUUCUCCAGGCCAAGCACGUCAUGUCUGCAUCUCCUCAGUACAUCUCCAACGUGUGCAUGAAGGUCAACGCGAAGCUGGGCGGCGCUACCUGUGUCGCAAAGAGCACCCUCAUUCCCAAGAUCAACCCUAGGGCUCCGUCUACCCCGACCAUGGUUGUUGGUGCCGACGUCUCUCAUCCUGCCCCCGGUGCUGGAUCAGAGCACGCUGCCUCAUUUGCCGCCAUCACGGUCUCAGCUGACAUCAACUUCACCAAGUACUGGGCUGAUGUGCAGACCAACGGCAACCGUGUUGAGAUGAUUACUUCAUCGAACAUCACUGAUCACUUCGGUCCCAUGGCUAAGAACUGGAUGCAGCGUCUCGGCCAAGGCAAGGCACCCGAGCGUGUCAUGUACAUCCGUGACGGUGUUAGCGAAGGUCAAUAUGCUGCCGUCCUUGAGGAAGAAGUCCGUGACAUGAAGACUUUCUUCAGCCGACUCGGAGGAGGCGUCGUUCCGAAGUUCACCGUUGUCAUCGCUGGCAAACGCCACCACAUUCGAUUCUUCCCCGAUGCUGGCAAGGGCGAUCGCAACGGCAACCCUAUCCCUGGUACUCUGGUCGAGACUGGAUGCACUCACCCGUUCGAGUUCGAUUUCUACAUGUGCUCACAUGUGGCUAUCAAGGGUACUGCUCGUCCCAUUCACUAUCAUUGCAUUCUGAAUGAGGGCAAGUGGGCCGCUCCUGAGAUCCAGCAGUUCAUCUUCGAGCACUCGUACCAGUACGUUCGCUCUACGACUCCGGUGUCGCUGCACCCUGCGGUGUACUACGCCCACCUGGCUGCCGACCGUGCUCGGGCUCAUCUUAACGAUAGCCCAGUCUCCUCCGGCAAGAAGGAGUCGCACGCUGAGCGCACCACUGAGACUAGUAGCGCCAACAAGCGUCACGUUGAGGUGCCUCCCCUCAUGCCUCUGCACAACUCUCGUGGUCUCAAGGAUGUCAUGUGGUUCAUCUAGGAUGACCAAGUCAAGAUUCCCGACACUACACUAGGGUCAAGGAUGACGGAUGGGACGUUCAUGGAAGGGCGGCGAUUGCAACUUUGACGGCAGGCUUGCAUGUGGAGCUUCGGUAACACGGCAGAUCUGUUUACGACGGAAAAGUUCAGGUUUCAGGUGUUUCAUUUGUCUCUUUGUGCCGAGUCUGCAUCGACAACAUUGUCUGCGGCUACUCGAUUGGCACACGAUAUCACAGGCGGAGGAGGUUGGAU